AAAACACAAGGUCAGCUCGCUCAGGUCUACAGUGAGAAAUAUAUUUACAACAGUUUGAGUUUUAUAAGCGCCAUUAUUAGUCACGCGACACUGAAGUCAUUCCUGCAGUGUUGUCCAAACACGUUAAUUCACUGUUUCACUUCCACACGAGCUUUGACUGAACUUCUGUCAGUGCUUGUGUGCGCAGUGUGUGUUGUUAGAGCGCAUCCACCUUUAUGUUUGACACCAGCACAGCCCACGCUGAACUAACGGUAACCGAGGGGGAAUGUUGCGCGCGCGCUCAGCGGUCACUCAGCAGCAGCAGUGAAUGGGGCAGAGCCGCGCGCGCGCGCGCACACGCAGAGAUCACUCGUCCUUGUUAUUAACGUUAAUAACGUUAUCUCUCGCGUCACUCAUGUCCCCCAACACAACGACGGCUGCCGCUGCUGCUGCUGCUGCCGCUGCGGAUGAGGAGGAGGACGGGACUGCGGUUCAGGUGCACCGCUGUGAUUGAAAGACAGGGGAGGAAGUUUGAACGAGCUCUGGAGGAUAACCGUCCUGAUUUGUCGACAAGUGCAAAGCUGUUUCACCUAGUUCGCCAUUGUUUUUUUCCCCCCUUUCUUUUGUUUUUGUGUGUUUUUUUUUUUUCCGUGAUGGGAUUCCUUCAGGAGCGACCUGCCGCCUAACGACAGCCCCUCUGAGCUCGUGUCGGAGCGGGCUAGCGACUGACUGACACAAGUGUCCUGAUACGAGCUCUCCCACAUUAUCUGCACCGUUGUCGGGGCUAUUAUUCUUAAUCUUUGCCGCGGUUUGGCGCAGCUGUGGACCGGCUAUCAGCGGACAUUGUCAACGCACGCAAACUUGUGGUAUUCUUCCCAAAACAGUAUGCACGUUCAUAAAGAACAUCUCUUCACAAGUCAGGAUGGAAACUAAAGCUGUGAUGUUUUCCAAGUUUUUGAUGUCCAUUCUGAGAACUCACUAAUUUUUGGAAGAAACUUUACAUAGUUGGAAAAAGAAUUUGUUACACAGCUGUGUUUUUUUUUUAAACAUACCAGUGCUCCAGGAAAAGUGAUGGAGACAGAAGAGAGGGAGGAUGUAUCCCUGAAACCUGCAGCUAAUAUAAAGGCAGACACAGAGGAAGAUGUGACCUCCGGCCACACAUGUGGGGUGUGUGGACGCAGCUUUCCGCUUCUCAGCUCUCUGUCCCAGCACAUGAGAAGACACACACGGGAGAAGCCGUACAAGUGUCCGUACUGUGAGCACAGGACGGCUCAGAAGGGCAGCCUGAAGGCCCACAUUCGAAGCCAUAAACUGGGCCUGUUCAGCCAUAACCUCAGUGACAAGGACAAGGACGGGGAUGGAGAUCAAGAGCAGAAAGAUAACACUCAGACUCCUGUACCUCCCGAAAUUGUCAGCACGUCUGACAAAGCUCAUAAUGUCAACGGGAAGGUGAAGAAGAAAGGAGCCAAGAAAAAGGUUAAGGGUAAAGAUGGUGUUGAGGUCAGUGAAGAGGCUGAUGGUGGGUCCUGUACCUGUACCAUCUGUGGCCAGGUUUUCCCUCAGGUACUACUCCUUAAAUCCCACAUGAAGAGGCACCGCACCUCCCAGGAUCACGGUUGUCGGAUUUGUGGACGCCGUUUCCGCCAGGCAUGGUUCCUCCAAAGUCAUAUGCGCAUUCACCGGGUCAAAGCCCAGCUAAGAGGUGGCAAAAGCAACGAGCUGCCUGCUACCGUCAACGGAGUUCCUCAGGAUCCAGCAUCGCUGACAAAUGAAGAGUGCCUGUACGAGCUCUGUGCUGGCUGUGGUAACUUCUUCUCAGACCGCAAGACACUGCGAAUACACGAAAGGCUACAUAAACUGAUCCACAGUCGUACUCAGACACAAAGUCUACCAGAGGAAGCAGUUGAAGUCUCUGAUCCGCAUAUUGCUAAGAGGCAUUUUUUGGAAAGCCUGAACCUCACAUGUGUUGGGCAGAAAGAGACCUCUGAGGAAAAGAGCCUAGGCAGGCGAAUUCCAGAGCUGGAUCCAGUUUGUAGCUACCAAGCAUGGCAGUUGGCCACAAGGGGACGACUAGUGGAGGUCACAGAGAAAUGUUUGGGAUGGGAGGAGAGGCUAGCAGAUGCUGAGGUGGCAUAUGACACAGAAAAGGGUGAGUAUGUACCUCUGAAGCAGGAGAAGAAGAGGAAGCAAAUAGACACCUCCAGCUCCAACAAUAAGAAGAUCAAGGGCGAUACAGGCAUUGAUCAGACAUCAAACAGCUUGGCUCAGACUAAAGGUGGUGACAAGAGGAUUUGCCAGAAGGACCGGAUCCUGUUGAACGGACUUGGUCAUGCGUUUUAUGAGGCGCUGCAGACUAAAAAAGUCAAAGACUCCACACCUAAACAGACCAACAGCAUCAGGAGUCAAGACCAGGAGGAUAAAAAGACACACUUCUGUGAGCACUGUGAUUUCCACACUGUAGAUGCCUCACUACUCAGGUCUCACCUGCACAGGCAGCACCAGGACUUCCUGGGUCCCUACAGCAAACACAGCACCGUUUUGGACAACAUUAGCCAAAGUGGUCCCAAAGCCUCAAGAUACAUGGACUACCUCAGAAACAGGAGUGUGUUACUCAGUCAGCCAUACUGGAAUCCUUACACAUGUCUGCCUAGCCAGGGUUCAGCAGAGUCAAACAUUAAGACAGAAAAGUCAAAUAGCACUGAGGUCAAAGGGCAGGGACAUGCUGCUAGUGAUGCUGGCAGUCUUCUUAAUCUGUCCUCAUUGCCAGUAAGUGAAGGAGACAGCGCUGUAAAUUAUCCAGUAAAAACAGAGGGCCUGGUAAGACAUCAGUGCCCAUACUGUGCCCACACUACCAACUACCCAGAAGUGCUGUGGAUCCAUCAGCGCGUUGCACACAGGGUGGAUGGCAGCAGCUCGAUGGCACCCAAGUGGGCACCCUGCGCCAACAGCCCCAAGAGCUUAAAGCCAGGUGGUACGCAGUGGAGACGCACUGGGCCUCCCCCCUUCCUUGAAGGCAAAGACUGUCCCGCUUUACCUGCUCCAAGAACUCAGCGCACACAGGCUCCAGGCUUCACAUCCCACAGCAACAACAACAGCAAGCAGUCAGCCCCCAAGACUCAAUCAGGUGUUCCCAAGUCCAAGCAUCAGUCCAAAGACUCGCGCUCUUCCGAUGGGACACAGUCUAGUGGGAGGACAGGACUCCUACCUCAAAAGAAGUCUGGUGAACAUAAGCGGGCAGAGGAGGGUGGAAGUAAAAGCUCCAGGGCCCAAGCUACUUCAUCGAGCAGUAUUGCACACAGCAAGAAUGCCCCUAGUUUCCAGCCUACAAGCAGUCCCAAACACAGAGGCCACAGAGCUGCAGUGGAAGCAAACUUCCCACAGGAAGGUUUGGGGUUUAUGUUGGCCAGAAAUCAUGGCGGGAGUUCAUCCAAUGCAGCUGCAGAAAGAGCCCAUCGCAGGCAGCCGUGUGACUCCUCUUCAGGUCCUAAGGGUCCUGAUCUGUGGGCUGCCAUGAACAUGUGGGGUCACAAAGCUUAUUUAGAACCAUUACGUUUCGCUCAGGGAAAGAAUGAGGCGACAGGAGAAACGCAAAUGGACAUUGAUAUUUUGAGCGUCCUGAAAAACUACAGUCCACAUGAUCUGGCUGCUCUUUACCAGCACUGGGGGUUUGUUGAUCCCAGGAUUGAUCCACAAGCAUUGUUGCAGUUAAAUGGAAAUUUUGGAAAAGAAGUCCAUUCCACAUCUGAAGCUUCCAAACAAAUGAACAGCCGCUCCACUUCCUCCUCAGGGUCUCUUCAUAAAGGAACGUGAACAUACAUCGUGUUCAUGUUGGCUCUCAGCCUGCACGAUACUACUGAACAAAGAGGCCUGCUGUUCUUUAAAGGAACCAGCCAUAACUCCUACAAAAGGACAGAGGCACUGGAUAAUGCACAAAAUAUGCAAAAUCAAUGAGGUGGAGUCUUAUUAUUUUGUAAUAUGGUUGUUUAAUUUGAAGUGUUAUGCAUGCUUUUUGUUUGUUAAGAGUGUGUUCAGUACCAAAACACACAUUGAGCUUACUGUAAAAAUACUUAGCGGGUGGGGAGGAAAUUAAAUUUGAAGCUACAUUUACAAGGAGAAAGAGGACGUUAUAUUAAAAGGCCCACAGAUAUCAGUGAAAAAUGAGCUCCAGCUGGUGAUCCAAGCAAGAAAAACAGCAGAUCUUGUGAUUUUUGUGAUUGUGACUGGAUGCCAAAAAUACAUUUCUAAAGAUGUAAGCUGCGACCUGAACAUUAUACUUUACUUUCACCUCUCUAUAUACGGUUCAGUUUGUUGUUGUUUUUAAAUGGCACCUACAAGGUUGUAGCAUGUCCUCUUUUGACUUUUGUUUCAAGGUUAGGACUGUAUUUGAUUAUUUAACAUUUGUAUUAUGCAACAGGGAUCUAUCACUAUGCUACGACAUGUAUAGUGCUGGUAAAUUUAGAGGAAUCAAGUGACGUUCUCAGUUACAGUUACCAGCAAAGCAGUUCACCUCCACAGUUUUCACUUAGAAAAAUAAACAGGCAUGAUGUCACUACGGGAGGGUUUAAUUAGAGCUAAAUCUGUCCAGAUUCCAGGCUUUAGCUUUAUUAGCUCAUUAUCCCACACACAUUUAGAGUAACAGGAUGCACUGGUUAUGUUUUUUCCCCCCACACUGGAUGUUCAGCCCACAAUCACAAGUAAUGCAUUGACUUCAACUCAAAUAGCUCAAAAUGAACAUUUUACCCAAGACAAGUGGAAUUUAUUUGUGAUCAGUUUGUACUCAAAUAUACCGACAUGCUGAAGGGCAUCAUCAGUCAGCCAUCUUCGAUCUUCUGUUACAAUCUGUAGUGCCAGUAACCAAGUUAACUAACUGCUCACCUCCAGUUUACAGCCACAAAUUAUACAACUUAAUGUAAAAUCAUCAAUAACUAGGGUGUCAUUAAAUCUGUUUUGCAGACAGUGGGAGCGGCACCAUGGCAAAUCCAUAGUUAUUGCCAAACCUAAGGUCCAGAAUGGACCAGUUCAUGUAAACCAGAGAAAUCUACCUAAAUUGGUGGCCAUCGUUGUAGCCAGUCCAACAUGUGUCAAAAUGACCAGUCGACAAUAAAAUGUGGUGUCCUGCUUUAUAAUUCUAUUAUCUGUCCUUUUUUUUCUCCUCCUGUCAGACAGGUAGUGUAAACAUCUGCGCUCGUCUCACAUUGUGCUAGUGAUGUAGCAAUUUAAUGCUGUGAUUUUAGAGGUAGAAACUGUAGCGAUAACAAUUUCUACUGACGUGGCCCUGACCUACAUCUGCCAGUGAAGCUACUAAAAAUAAGAAGAAAUAUUUGUUUGUUUUUUUAAUUCACCUCGUUCUCAAUUUGUUUUCAUGUGUUUCUGUUUGCAGAUUUCUUUAGUUUGUUUAUAUUUUAGUUCUGAUUCAACGUAUUCACCUCCCAUAGAGAAAUAGUCUAUGCAUUUAACAAAAAGCCAUCAACUUAUGGAUUUCUUGGGAGAUCUUGAGAAUACAUAUUUCAUUACUGGAGUAUUGACUUUGAUCUGUGUGGAUUUUUUUUUUUUUUUUUUUUCGAUAAAUGUUGUAAAUGAUCGUUUUAUUUAAUGGUCUUUUUUGUUUGCUAAGAGUGGAAUUUCAACACUCAGAAGUACUUGAUAUUUGUAGUAACCACAGAAAAUGUUGAAAAAAAUUUUUUUUUUUAGUGAAACUUGAGGUCAGAGUGAAGUUCCCGCAGGAGGUAUUAUCGAGCCUGUGACCUGUAAAGAUGCUGUUGCAGACAGUUAAGGAGUUGAGGAGAGACAGGAAACAGUGAGACAGCGAUUUUAAUGCAAGCCUGAACUUUUAUGCAAACCUAAAGCUUAAAGUUGAGCUCUCACUGGGUUCAGUUUUGUGACUAUGUUAACAUGUUUCAUAGUUAAUAAUUAUGUUGGGAUCAGAAUUUCUAUUUUCAUCAGUUCCGCAUUUUGUCUGAUUGUAUAAAAAUAUCCAAAUAAAGUUGGUCAAUGUAGAU